AUGAUUGGACGAGAAGCUCCGAUAGCAGAGUUCACACGUGCGGCGGGGCUGUAUACGGAUGUAUUUGAGUCUCCAGCACCGCUUAUAAUUAUUUAUGGUGGAGCAUCUACUGGUAAAAGUAUGAGUGUAUCACAGGUGCUAAGGACACAUCCGUCGCCUCACAGUCUCGUCGAUUGUACGGCGCUUUAUUCCGCGAAAGAAUUUUACCGUGAAGUAUUGUCACAAUUGCACGACGGAAUAAUUACAAUAACUGAAGUGGAAGAUGUGACAAUCAUUGAGACUCAAGAAUUAGCCAAUGAGAGCAGCAAACCGUCACCAGCUGUGGAAAAUUAUAGCUCUUUGAAUUUUUUGGGGUUUUUUAAAGCGCUGGACAAAUGUAUGGCCCAUGAUCAAACCAAAGACGACAUAAAAAAAAGUCGACAAGUGCUCUAUGUAGUUUUGGAUCAUGUGGAUAUAUUAUUGGAUCGUGGACUUGGGGCCUUGAUUCCAUGUCUUUGUACAAUCAAUGAACAAAUCGCCUAUUUAAAUAUGUUUCAGGAUGCGCUACGUUGGGAACUUUGUGUAGUGCUGAUUACACGAGGCAUAUCACUGGAUUUCGAUCGAUUGGUGAUGCCAUUUUUUCCAGCUUAUGUGCAUUUUCCACCUUAUAAAGCAGAGGAAUUGGCUGAUAUUAUGAUAGAACAAUUGAGUAUGAAGGAAGCAAACGAUAUGUUUCGUACAUGGCUCAUCCAUUUGCAUGGAUUAUUGCCACCUGCAUCAGAUGGAGAUUGGCUUGAAUUUCGAGCUGCAGUUGUGCAUUUGCUACCAGAUUUUCGUGACUUGUUCUUACGACGUGUACAAGGUUCUGAAGUCUCCAAGAUGAAGAAGAAGAUUGAACGUGAUACAAAAAAUCUCGUCCAGGAAUUCCUUCAAACGCGACGAAAACAUCUUUUCGGCUACCACAAAAAAAUGGGAGGCGAUCUUGGUGAUCCGUCUGAAUUGAUUUCGUGCACCAAUUUGAGCCGAAAUUGCUUACUGCUUGUGCUCGCAGGCUAUUUGGCCUCGUUUAAUCCUCAAGAAACCGAUGUGCGCUUCCUUUCGUCUUCUGGUGGACAGCGUCGAAAAAAACGUGCCAAGAAAAAAACUGAUGGGGAAUCAUCGUCGACGACUACUAGCAGCAAGAAGCAGCAGAUCAGUCAACUGCUUAUUGGUCCUCGGAUAUUUACGUUGCAGCGGCUUUUAGCCAUUUAUCUAAACCUUCGAGUCGAAGCUGAGGCAGGAAGUUCUGUCUAUAACGACGAAUCUCGCUCGUCCGAAACACGCGAGGAAACAUUUACGCAUCUUGCGACUCUGGUACGCAUGCAGCUCUUUCAGCGCACCACAGCACCACAUGUACUGGAUAACAUCAAGUUCCGUUGUCUAGCUGAUGCCCGUUUUGUCCAGGAAACAGCGCGUUAUUUGUCCUUCCCUCUAGAUGCCUAUCUCAACCGGGCGACAUAA